UUUCAGGACCCAAUUAUGAGUGAUCAAAUCAAAUCAAUUGUUGAGAAGCUCAAUAAGGAGCCUUUUAAGAAGAACUAUAAUUUAAUCACAUUUGACUCACUGGAGUCAAUGCAGCUAUUGCAGCUUCUCAAUGAUGUUCUGGGCGAGAUUGACCCAAAGCAUGUUGUUGACAUUAGAGAGGAGAUGCCAGAGCAAACAGCUAAACGAAUGUUGAGCCUUCUUGGUAUCCUUAAAUACAAACCUCCAGGAAGUAUUAAUGACCUGAGUACAUUCCGCCAGGGUUUAGUUAUUGGAAGCAAACCUGUGAUUCAUCCUGUCUUACACUGGCUCCUUCAACGGACUAAUGAACUCAAGAAAAGAGCCUAUCUGGCACGUUUCUUAAUUAAACUUGAAGUGCCAGCUGAGUUUCUUCAGGAUGAUACUGUGGCUGACACCAACAAACAGUAUGAAGAUCUGAUGGAAGCCUUUAAAAGCUUGCAUAAGGAAUGUGAUCAGCUCAAGACUUCUGGCUUCUCCACUGCAGAAAUAAGACGGGAUAUCACUGCAAUGGAAGAGGAGAAGGAUCAGCUCAUCAAGAGAGUGGAGCGUCUUAAGAAGAGGGUGGAGACGGUGCAAAACCAUCAACGAAUGCUUGAAAUAGCAAGACAGCUUCGAGUAGAGAAAGAGAGAGAAGAAUCUUUAGCCCAGCAGAAGCAAGAACAAAAGAAUCAGCUGUUCCACGCGGAGCAGAGGCUGCAAAGAGUGCAGCUCCAGCUGAAAGAUAUGCAACAUGCAGUCGUGGAUUCAAAACCUGAAAGCUUAAUGAAGAGACUGGAAGAGGAGAUAAAGUUCAAUUCAUAUCUGUGCUCUGAAAAAUUUCCUAGAGAACUAGAAAGUAAGAAGCAAUCAUUGUAUUUCCUACAAAAAGUGGUUUCAGAGCCAGCUAUGGGUCAAUCUGAUCUCAAUGAACUUGAAACUAAGAUAAAUGAAGUCAAUGCUCAAAUUAAUCAAUUGAUUGAAAAGAGAAUGAUGAAAUAUGAGCCAAUUGAUAGUAAAUUUUCCAUGUAUCGACAACAGGCAUCCAUAAUUUCUCGGAAGAAAGAAGCCAAGGCAGAAGAGCUUCAGGCUGCCAAGGAGGAGAUGUCAAACAUGGAGAGGCAAAUGUUACAGAAAGCAAACCAGGCCCGUGAGUUGGAUGGCACAGAAGUUUUGAAAGGUGAUGAGUUUAAACGAUAUGUUAAUAAACUUCGAAGCAAGAACACAUUUUAUAAAAAGAAGCGUCAAGAAAUAGCAGAAAUUACAGCCGAGUACGGUAUCCUACAGAGAACAGAAGAACUCCUAAAACAACGUCAUGAGGCUAUUCAGCAACAGUUGCAAGCUAUUGAGGACAAGAAGGGUAUCUCUGGAUACAGUUACACACAGGAGGAGUUGGAGAGAGUAUCUGCAGCAAAGAGCGAGAUGGAUGAAAUGAAGGGACGAACAUUAGAUAACAUGUCUGAAAUGGUAAAAAAACUGAAUGCUAUGGUGGCAGAUAAGAAGUCAAGCUUAGCUCCAAUUAUCAAAGAAUUGAGACAGUUGCGGCAGAACUGCCAGGAGUUAACCCAAGAAUGUGAUGAAAAAAAAGUCCAGUAUGACAGCUGUGCAGCAGGUUUAGAAAGUAAUCGCUCCACACUUGAACAGGAAGUAAAAGGGCUGCGUGAGGAGUGUAUUCAGGAAGAAAGCUGCUAUCAUCAUACUAACUGCAUGAAAAAGAAUCUAGAAAUACAACUUCAACGUGCUAAAGAUGAGAUGAAGACAUAUGUUUCCCCAGAUCCACAAGACAGAAGAAAAGCAAUUAGAGAACAAUAUACACGAAUGAUCCUUGAACAAGAAAACCUUGGGAAGAAACUACGAGAGAAACAAAAAGCUGUGCGGGAAAGUCAUGGACCAAAUAUGAAGCAAGCUAAAAUGUGGCGGGAUUUUGAGCAACUGAUGGAGUGUAAGAGAGAGUGUUUUCUAAAGCAACAAAAUCAAACUUCUGUUGGUCAAGUCAUUCAGGAAGGUGGCGAGGAUAGGCUGGUAUUAUGA